CGGCGAUCGCGAUCCAGCUACACAUCCAACAGGUAAAAAGAUCACAGCCACGUCAUUUUUCUGUGAGCCUUCGCCGUGGCAACACACGGUCCGCGCGUGUGGCUGCGAGAGUGUACAUCAAGAAACCAGGGGCCUCUUGCGGGAGAAACAACCCUUGGAGCAAGUGGCAGGCAUUCGCUUCAAGUUUUGCAGGGUGUGUAGGCUAAGGCAGCUGUGAGUGAAAGAGAGCAAAACAGUUGUUCAGUGCUCUUAAGAAGUGAGUGUUUUACCGGAUUAAAAUAAAAAUAAAGCAAGUCGGCAAUUAUCAAACCUAUACUGACAGCAAUGCUUGUUCCCCAACCGUACUGAAAGCAGUGAAAUUUUAAUUCAAGUGUUGAAGUUGGAGACGUUAUAGGCGAAAGGAAGCUAAAAAUGUCUUGUUGAAUGCAUGCACAAUAUCUGGAAUCCUGCUGACGUGGUAUACCAUUUCUGCCAAGUGACUGAGACCCGCAUUCGCCGUUGCUCGUGGAACUGUCUGGAAAUCAAAAGAUUUCAAUGCUUCCAGAAGCGAGGAACGCAAGCGGUCAGAUUUUUUUCCUUCUUCAGGCAGCGCACUAUAAGUGACUGGAAUGCAGUGUUGGUGAUAAAUGGGCGUUUGAGUGUGUUUGUGUGUUUGUGAAAGGUUAAGUGAGUGUGAGAAAAAGGUUGCUUGAGUGUGGUUGUGGCAAGAUGAAGGAAAAGGUCUAGAGAUUUCAGCGCUUGCUUGAAGACUCGGUCACAAGCUGGCUGAGAAAAUGGUUCACGAUCACAAAGCUUUUGCUGCUCAGUUCUCAGAUAUAGUUCUUAUGGUGUUGGUGAAAAGCGAGUGAUGUAUUAGUAUUUUGUUCGUGUGUUAUUUUAACUAAUUUUGAUUCCAUUUUCUAGAGCAAACACUUCUGCCGCAGUCGGUUUUUGUAUCGGAAAGGAAAAAAUGUUUGCUUAACAACCGAUCGGUGAAGUUUAUCUGACGUAUCAGAAGUGUUGUAAAGUGAAUGCAAGUGAACUGCGUUAGUGUGUGUGCACAGGGAUACAGGUGAUCGACAAGUGCCGAAUAUCGGGAAAACUCAAAGCAGCUGCAGCUGAGGGAUAGAGAAAGACCCUUCUUUCUGUUUCCAAAACGCAAACCUUACACACACACUCGUACGUGUCCGGCAAGGACAAGCCCGGCGCGUCUUAUGAAGGAUACACACACGAUGGGAGAAUCGACACCGAUUUGUCGCUGCCGGGUUCUAUACCUGGGCAGUGCUGUGCCCCGGCAAAGCAAGGACGGCCUCCAGGGUAUACAGGAACCGUUGCGAAGCCUAUACCCUUCCGAGGGUGCUAUCGGUGCGAAAGGUAUCGAUUCGUGGCUGAGCGUCUGGUCGAAUGGUAUUCUGCUCGAGAACGUUGACGAAAACCGGAAGCAAGUGACACGCUUUUUUCCGAUCGAAUCGCUACACUACUGUGCCGCCGUGCGGCAGGUGCUGAUACCGGAACGGGGCAAUAACAAUCCGGAGCCGAAGUUUCUUCCACUAGACUCCCCGUUUGCCCGUACGCCGCGUGCUCAGCAUCCACCCAUCUUUGCGGCCAUCUUGCGCCGUACCACCGGCAUCAAGGUGCUGGAGUGUCACACCUUUAUCUGCAAGCGGGAAGCGGCGGCCAAUGCGCUGGUCCGCUGUUGCUUCCACGCGUACGCUGACAAUUCGUACGCCCGGCAGCUGGAGGGUGGUUCCGGAAGUGGCAGCUCGAACAGUGUGUACGGUACGAUCGGUGGCAAAUCGAAUGGUACCGGCGAGGGUUGGCGGUCACGUGCCGGUAGCACGACCACGCUCAACAGUGUCGGUGUCAGCAGGCAGGCAAUUAAUGGCGUCGGCGAUGCGUACACGGUGAAAAAUCUUUAUGCCAGCAGUGCAGACCUAGAGGUGGUGGACGACGGUGAAAGCUCACUGUACAAUGGCGACGAAAAUCACAAAGUGUGGAACGGUUCCACUGAUCAGAUCGAUGGCAUCGGCUUUGGUAACGAUGGUCACUACGAUAUCUACUCCGGUGGCAGCACCGGUGGUGGCGUGGUCGGCGGUGGCGGUUCCACGCUCGGCCGCCCGGCCCGGGUCCGCCAGAUCAGUGCCCCGGUACCGGUACCACCGCCCCCGAAAGAGGAACCGAAAAAGUCCAAAAAGGACAAGAAAGCGGCCAAAGGCACCCAGCAACAGCAGCAGCAGGUAGGCAGUCAAAGUUUAUCCGGUACGCUUAUAAGACCACGUCCCAUGCACAUGAAUCCACUAGGUCGGCCGGCUGCCGGUCCAGCCUCAGCCAACUCUGCCGCAGCAAUGGCCGCCGCAGCAGCCGCACAUCACGGCAUGAUGAUGUACCACCACCAUCCCCAUCACCCGAUGGCGGGCCAUCCCGGUUCCGGUCCGCCGCCGGUACCGGGCCGCCAGUUCCACACCAUCGGUCACCGCAGCAUGAACGGCAGUGCGGCGGCGGCAGCGGCGGCGGCCAUGGCCGCCGGUCUACCUCCCCAUCCCAUGCUCCAUCCCCACGCCCAGAUGCACCCAGCGAUGGGCCUUCCGCAUCCCGGUAUGCAUCCGCACGGCAUGACCCUGCCGGCAAUGAUGAUGGCACCCCAGUACGCGACGCUGCAGCAUCCGCGCACGAGCAAAAAGAAGAAGGACAAGGGCAAAACGCUCAACGGCAGCAACGGUAGCAUCCCGAUCGGGGUACCGGUCGUACCGCCCAUGUUCGCCUAUCCACCGCAACCGAACGGCAGUUUGGGUGGUGGCGGUCCCGGAUCGCUUGCCGACAGUCGUCCACUGUCGAUGAGCAAUCGGAAGCUGGCCCAAUCGGCAGCCGCCGGGUUGGACGAUGUGUCGGGCAAUUCGGGCGCUGAGUCGCCGGGCGGUACCGGUAUCUAUCGGCGCAAGGGACACCUGAACGAACGGGCCUUUAGCUACUCGAUCCGGCAGGAGCACCGCAGCCGCAGCCAUGGCUCACUCGCUAGUCUACAGUUCAAUCCGCCGGACAUGAAGAAGGAGCGCGAAAUCGCACAGAUGGUGGCCGGACUUGAGUUGACCGAUGACUCCACGCUAAGACGCCGGUCGGAAGUGGCCGGAUCGUCCGGUACGUUUGGGAAGCCGAGAAGAUGAGCAUAAGGUAGAGACGUCGGACGUUCGUCGCUAGAGUCUCAUUGAAGUCACCGUACACAAUCCGUUGCUUUCCGAUUUCUCCAUGGGGAUUCACAGCUGGGGAUUUUGAUCGCAGGGAAUCGAUCACGGGGAGAGCCGACACAAUAUUCACAAAUACACACACAUACAUAGACACGAACCGAAAACAAAAUGCUCGUAGUAUGUGGUUUUAAACGCGACGGAUGUUGUAAAAUAGACGUUUACCGGCACGGUGAAGAAGCAUCACAGCAAAUGGCAUUAGAUGGUAGUGUAAGCAGCGGACAGAGCGAGCAGAUAAACGCAAUGGAACAGUCAAUUCGAGCCGGUUCUCUAUUACCAAAACACUUUUAUCCAUUGUUAUCCAUCGGUGACAGCAGUAACGACACUUAGGGUAGCCUUAGUAUUUCGCUACCAAUAGUGACAGAAAAGCGAGCGAAACUGUUCACCAGAACUUUUUACUGAUUUUAUGUUACACGCGUGUCUUAAACUUAGUUGUACGUACAUAAAACACAAAACAGACACACGAACACAUCAAACGCACACAUCCACGUAUGCCGAAGAGUAGGGGAUGCCCGUCAACAACGUCAGCGGGUUUGUUGACCGGUGGCACGGUCCCGAGGAUUGCAAAGAACUGGACAGCGGCAGAUAAAAUGCAAUUACAAGAAGAAAUGAAUGUGCCUUAUUAGGUAAUUAGAUAAUUUAAUUAUAACCAAGCCCUGAAACAAAUGAAAGUGAAAUUUUUCGGUGUGUUUUUGCUAAUUUGAGGAUGCGAGAUGCUCGUAUGGGGUAUGUAUCGGAGUAAGCUUUCUUCUCGGUUCAACCUUCGCGAAUUACCCUGGGAAUCGAUGUUGGUGUGAGUUUCUAUUUCCUUUGAGCGUAAUUUGAGGUUCAAAAUUAUUUUCAAAGAUUAUUAUCACCCCACACUUUGUAAGGCGCUUGUGACGGUUGGAGGUAUAAGUGCGCGAGGGCGUCGUUCGGUCCCGGUUCGAAGCCAUGAUGGAUGUGCAAACUCAUUUUAAUGAUCGAGUCCAACUUCCGAUAAGAGCUUUCGCAUGGUUAGAGACGCAAAAUCCACUCAUAACAGGGUAACGCCCGCGGUCAAAAGGAAAGUGAUCGAAGUGGGUGGCUUCUACCAUUAGCCCCAAAAAGCGCCGUUCGAAAGCGAAAACGGAAGAAAAGUGCCUCGGGGGGCCGUAAGGCGCAACAGGAAAAAAAAAUCCAUCAGCCAAAACGACGCACUGUAAUACGGAGAGUGUAAGAAACGAUUGGUUUUUUUUUUUGCUUCUUUUUGCCCUGUCGAAAAAGGGAAAACAAUGGCUAGAGAAGCGGAAGAACUGGGCAGCUGGACAGUGGGCACGAUAAACGGCGAGAGUCAAAAAUUUGAUCAUCAAUCAAUCGUGAAGAAGCGAUCGCGCGAAGGAAAAGCGUUUUUCGAUCGUUGGGGACUUGGUAUCAAAUGGUCGCAGUCAUAGAAAGAGAAACAGACGGACGAUAAACGAGCGUAGAAGAAAUCCUACCAAACCCUCGACGCCGUGUGUAAAGACAAAACAAGUGUUUUCAAGUUUGCCGAUAAAGCGGCGAAAUAGUCGAAAGAGGGACGGCAACCGUCGGAAAAGCAAUCGAGCAGACUGGCAUAAAAUUUCUCCACCGAACCAAUUUGGGAGUGUUUCGCAAAAGACCGGCACACAGUUCGCCAUUUUAAGCGCCAACACGACGACACAUUCUUUGUAUUUCACAGCUUCUUCUACGCACACACAAAAAAAAACUUCAAAAAGGUAAUGCAAAAAAAACCUGAAGAAGAUAUCUUCGAGUUCUCAUAGUCGGAGGUGCGUUGUGACCAACUUUUUUUCCACAACAGUGCUUUUGGUGAGAUAGAAAAAAGCGAACGGGCCAAAGGAAAGCUUACACCGAUACACUCGCAUACGAGAUAGGGAGGAAGAUGAGAGACCGGAGAAACUUGUACCAUAAACAAACAGAAGCAUCAUUACUAGCAGGCACAAGGCAGGGCAAGUAUAAGAGGGCUAAAAAAACCUUCUUUUUUUUGGCUAGACAGUAAGCGGCAGUUUGCCAAAUCUUUUUAUCAACUAAAACCCUUAGAAAACAAGUACACUACAUAUGAAUUGUUAUCCAAUCAUUUUAAUGUCAAGAAAAUACAAAAUACUCCAAUACAACGAA